AUGAAGAUAACGGCAGACCAUACAGGAAGUUCAAGCCUUAAAUUUUGUAGUAUUCAGAAGCGUUUCAGUUCCAAGAGUUCUAUACCUGUGAAACCAAUGGGGUCUAAAAGACUGAAAACACCCUUUUCAAGUUCACAACAACCCAUUUCUAACCAUGUUAUUGUUAAGGAAAAUGAUGUUGAUAGCUAUUCCAUUGAGGUUGAAAUGUUAAGAAAUGAUCCGUCUAUUGUAGACACCAUGACUGUCGAUGAUGUUAAUGAUACUCCAGAGACAGUUGAACUUAACCAGGGUAAGAAAAGGUUUAAACAAUCAGAACCUGAAAGAAAAAUUGUCAAAGCGACAACCAAAAAGAAGCUGUUGGUUAAAUCAGACGAGGUUUCAGAUGUUAAGCCUUCUAGGGCGAAGAGAAAAGUGUCUUCAGAUGUUGUUAGCAUUGUAGCACAAUCAGAUGAAAUCAGUACAACAACCACUAUUCAAACUGAAACAUGGGCUGUUCUUGCUCACAAGAAACCUCAAAAGGAUUGGAUUGCAUAUAAUCCUAGAACCAUGAGACCCCUGCCUCUUUCUAGGGAUACAAAAUUUGUCAAGCUUUUGUCUUGGAAUGUCAAUGGAUUGAGAGCAUUGCUAAAAUUAGAGGGAUUCUCAGCACUUCAACUUGCUCAAAGGGAAGACUUCGAUGUAUUGUGCUUGCAAGAGACUAAACUUCAGGAGAAGGAUAUCGAGGAAAUAAAACAGCGACUGCUAGAUGGCUAUGAGAACAGCUUUUGGACAUGUAGUGUUUCUAAGCUUGGUUAUUCUGGAACAACAAUAAUCUCAAGGUUUGAUGAAGAGAGGACGACGAAGGAUGAAGAGAGCUUGAAUAGGUUGUUAUGA